GCUAUCUCUCAUACCUGCUCUUGAAACCAUCAGAUAUGGGGGUUUUGGCUGCAGCGAUAAGGUUUGGCUUUUGCGUUUUACUGAGGAGGAUCAAAGAAAGAAUGCGGUUAGUAGACGUAGAAGAAGAAGAUGAAGAAAGUGGCAUUCUAGAAUCCAUGGAUGAAGUGCUAAUAGAAGGAACAGGACCAAAAAGAUUUCCGUACAAGGAAUUGGUUGUGGCAACGGAUAACUUUUCAGAGGAAGGGAAGCUUGGACAAGGAGGUUUUGGAGGCGUCUACAGAGGUUUCUUGGCGGAACAAAACAUGGAAAUUGCUGUCAAGAGGAUGUCCAGCAGCUCUAACCAGGGGAAAAAGGAGUAUAUUUCAGAGGUGAAGACCAUAAGCCGUCUGAGACACCGGAAUUUGGUUCAACUCGUUGGUUGGAGCCAAAAGCGGGAUAGCUUUCUACUUGUAUACGAGUACAUGCCCAAUGGAAGCUUAGAUUAUCAUUUAUUUCGCAAGAAAAGUCAUCUCUCAUGGCCAGUGAGAUACAAAAUUGCUCACGGGUUAGCCGCUGGAUUGCUCUAUCUCCACGAGGAAUGGGAGCAAUGCGUGGUGCAUAGAGAUAUCAAAUCGAGCAACGUGAUGUUGGAUUCAAACUUCAACGCAAAACUUGGUGACUUCGGUCUAGCCAGGCUUGUUGACCACGGACUUGGCUCGCAGACGACGGCUUUGGCCGGGACGAUGGGCUACAUGGCUCCGGAGUGUUUUAGCACAGGCAAGGCUAGUAAGGAAUCAGACGUUUUCAGCUUUGGGGUAGUGUUGCUGGAGAUCGCUUGUGGAAGAAAAGUGGUGGAGCAUGAGGCAGAAGAGUCAGAAGUUGGUUUAGUCAGCUGGGUGUGGGAGCUUUAUGGAGGAGGAAGGCUUCUCGACGCAGCCGAUGAGACGCUAAAUGAGGAGUAUGAAAAGGAGGAGAUGAAGUGUUUGAUGAGUGUAGGGCUAUGGUGUGCUAAUCCAGAUCACAAAUCAAGGCCUUCUAUGAGGCAGGCAAUUCAGGUUCUUAGUUCUGAAGCACCAUUGCCGAGCCUUCCAUCCCAUAUGCCUGUGCCCAUCUAUUAUUAUCCGCCUGCAGGAACGACUUCAACGCAAAUCUCCUUCACUUGUACAGGCGAGGUUACAAACAAGCUAGAACUUCCCGUGCCAAGCAGUUCCAUCCAAAUGCCCUCUGUAAAUGUUGGUCAAACCGAGUGACCUUGAUUCAUUUUGUACCGUGCUAGAUGCAUCGUUGUAUAUGAAAGCAUUCCAUUUUCUCC